AAGCUAGGUAGCGGACUUCCGGCGCCUGGCCACGGCUCGUGCGGCGGACGUUUCUGGUGACGGUGGUGCCGCUGCGCCCACUCUCGGGGACGGAGGAGGGGGGCUGGGAACGGCAGUUUCUACUGCGGACCUGAGCGUCUCUGGCUGCUGCCACGAGGGCAGCAAAACACUCGGUCCGCCCUUGGUGCCAAGUUUAACUCCGCUUGUUUCGUAAUGACUUCUAGAACGUUCUGGGCAAGGAAGCGGUUCAUGUUUUUGCCCGGCGUUACCCGUCUCCCCCACGCUAUCGAGUAACGAUGGAGGGGAGGGAGUGUGGGGCGAUAGCCAGUGGCUCUGUCCCUCGGAACACUGAUAUCAGGGAGAGUAGCAGCAACAGUAGGGAAGCUUGUGACUUGAAGCAGGAAAGCGUUCUUGGAAGUAAUGAGGUGAAAAGUACAGCAGUGGUGAAAUACUCUGCUGCUCCACCUCCUGCAGCAUAUGCUCGGCUUCAAGAGAAGACAGACCUGAAGUUGCCUCCUGCAAAUUGGCUGCGUGGGAUUAGCCAGCUUGGACAAAUGGAUGCAACCUCUCUUGGAACAAGCAAAAAGAGCAAGCCAUUUUCCAGCUUUGGAAUGGCGUACGACUUCAUUGACUGCAUUGGAAAUGAUGUUGAUGUUGUUUCUGAUUCUGAGAACAUAAAGAAGUUACUGAAGAUACCUUACAGCAAAUCACAUGUCAGCAUGGGUGUUCAUCGCGUUGGAAGGACCCUUCUGCUUGAUGAAUUAGAUAUUCAGGAAUUGUUUAUGACCUCGUCCCAGACAGGAGACUGGAAUUGGCUGAAAGAAUUAUAUCAAAGACUUGUGGAUCCAAAAUGGCAAAGAAAAAAGAAAAGCAAGGAGCAGUUCUAUCAGAAAGCAAUUCUUUCCAAAUUUCUAUACUACAGUGUCAAUGGAGAUUGUGGAGCAGAAACUGUUCCAACUCCUAUAGCGCAACCUGCUGACACCCAGCCCCAGGUAAACCCAAUAGUUGUAGAGGAAUCCUCCUGGCCUGCACCCUUGAGACCACCUGCUUCUGUCCCUGAAGAUGGAAAUCCUCAGGAACAGGGGAAUGUUCCUCUGGAAGCCACAUAUGUAUUAGAGCAGGUGGCCUCUACCCCGAAAGAACAAAACCUGACUACUUUUUUGAAUGAAGGGGAAAACAGUCAGGGACUUAAAAAUGAUUUUGUCAGGAAUAUUCUUUGGACAUUUGAAGAUAUUCAUAUGCUUGUCGGUUCAAAUAUGCCUAUUUUCGGAGGUGGAAAAUAUCCAGCUGUAAGCUUAAGACUCAGAGAUAGCAACAAACCAAUUAACAUUCUGACAGGGAUUGACUAUUGGCUCGACAAUUUAAUGUGCAAUGUUCCAGAACUUGUCAUGUGCUUUCACGUUAAUGGGAUUGUACAGAGAUAUGAAAUGAUAAAGACAGAAGAUAUCCCUAAUUUAGACAAGUCCAGUUUCUCCACUAAAGUGGUAAAAGAUAUUGCUCAGAAUAUUCUUUCAUUUCUAAAGGCAAAUUGUACUAAAGAAGGACAUACGUAUUGGCUCUUUAAAGCAAGCGGAAGUGACAUUGUAAAACUUUAUGAUCUGACGACACUUUGUGAAGAAACAACUGAAGACAAGUACCAAAACCCUUUCACCAUGCCUGUUGCUGUCUUACUGUACAAGGUUGCAAGCAACAUGAUGAUGAAGAAAGUUCAGAACAGGAAACAUUAUGGGAUUAUAAGGACCCUCUUGUUAAAUUGUAUUAAACUACUGGAUAAAGAAAGGCAUCCCCAGUUUGUGCAAAUUAUUGCUUCAGCCAACUACAUGAUCUCUGAGCUGUUCCAACUAGAUGAACCACCAAAACGAGAUGAAAAUGGGUCAAAUUUGAAUGAGAAUUCUGAUAGUUAUAGUGAAGAUGAGGACCUUCCUGAGGACAGUGAUGAAAAUGGUUCUUUCAGCAAUGGCUCUGAACCUUCAGAUGACAGCAAAGCUGUUGCUAUCAUUAAAUCUGUUGGCGAAUUGUCUGUACCUGAGAAGUACAAGUCAAUACACCAGAUAAGGCCCAGCUGUGCAUUUCCAGUUUGUCAUGAUACAGAGGAGCGAUGCAGAGUUGUUCUCAAUUAUGUUCUUGAGGGGUUGAAGGCUGUUGAUGGGAGUAUUAAAAAGGAGACUGAUCUCCCAGCUGCUGAUCCCAGCAUUCCAAUCCCUUUGAAGUAUGCCGAUGAAUCUGAAUGCACAGGUCACAAAGCUCUUAAGAAACAAAUUGCUUUGUUUUUAGACAAAGUUGGUCCAGCUCAUAAAACACUUGAGCUUCCCAGCCAAUCUGGGAUGAUACCACAUACAUGGCAGUAUCAAAUGAAAUUAAAUCUAACCUUUAAAGCUUCAAGAGCUUACUUUGUUCUCUCGGAUGCAGCUACUUCUUUGCAAAAGUAUGGUAGAGCAUUAAGAUAUAUUAAACUUGCUUUACAAUCUCUGGAUGCCUAUUGCUGCCUUAUUAACAAUUUGUCACCUGAAGUCCUGUUCUUUCUUAGUCGAUGUUUGACACUUAAUGGUGACAUUCAGUUAAUGUUAGCUCAACAUGCCAGUAAUAGAGCAGCUUAUCAAGAGGAAUAUAGCUACCAAACUAGAGAGGAUCAAGAAAUUUUGCAUAGCCUCCACAGAGAGUCCAGCUGCCAAGCUUUCAGCUGGGCUACAGAGCUUUAUACAGACUUGGAAUACCAACUUUCAGUAAGCUGCAAAUGUUACGAGGCAGCAAAUGAAUUGCUUCAUUCCUGUGAUCAGAAUGUUCAUGUUGUCGAGCAACUUAAACAAGUGUUGAAGAGAUUAGGCAACAGCAGAAAUGAGGUUGGAGUUUUUUACAUGAAUCAGGCUGCUGCUGUGCAAACUGAAGGAACAGCAAGCAAAGGAAUAACAAUGAUAGAACAAGAGCUUUGGAAGAAAAGCUUUUCUUAUUUUGAAAAGGGUAUUCAAGAUUUUGAGACUAUAGAAGAUGAAACUAAUGCUGCCUUAUUGCUUUGUAACACUGGGAGAUUGAUGAGACUUUGCGCGCAGGCACAUACUCCAACUGGAAGUGAUUCGAAAAGAGGAGAAUAUUCACCUGAGGAAGCCAUGUAUUAUAAUAAGGCUGUGGAUUACUAUCUAAAGGCAAUGAGAUCACUUACCAGUUGGGAAAAACAUCCAGCUGUUUGGGAUUCUGUAAAAUGGGAACUAUCAACAACCUAUUUUACAAUGGCAACCCUAGAACAAGAUUAUGCUCCAUUAUCAAGAAAAGCUCAGGAACAGAUUGAGAGAGAAGUUGCUGAUUCUAUGAUGAAAUCUCUCAAAUACUGUGAUAUACAUACAGAAUCUGCAAGACAACCCUUGUGUCAGUACCGGGCUGCGACAAUUCAUCAUAGACUUGCCUCUAUGUAUCAUAAUUCUCUUAGAAACCAGGUUGGUGAUGACCAUUUUCGUAAGCAGCAUCGCAGUUUGGCUGAUCUCCAUUACAAUAAGGCUGUGAAAUUGUUUCAGUUGCUGAAAGAUGCACCUUGUGAACUGCUACGUGUUCAGCUAGAACGGGUUGCAUUUUCAGAAUUUCAGAUGGCAAAUCAAAACAGCAACGUAUCAAAACUGAAGACUCUUUCAGGAGCGCUGGAUAUAAUCAUCAACUCAGAAUAUCCAUUUCUGCUUAUCCAGAGUGAACUUUCCUGCAUGCAAGCACUGCAAGGAAAUUGUCAAGCAUGCCAUGAUGGCAAAAUGCCUGAAAAUGAUUCCUCCAGCUUGAAUGAAGAAGAGAUCAUAAAUCUUGUCAACAUUUUUGAAGCUCGAUUUUCUUUCCUGUUGUUUCAACUUAUCAAACUACUGACCUCUAAAAAGAAAAGCAGUGGUGUUGGUGAUGAUCGAAUACUGUUGAAAAACUACAAGCAUGCUUAUUCAACAUUGUUGCGGGCAACAGCAGAUAAGGACAUCCCUCUAAUACAGAGAGUCGAAUUGAUACUGAGUUUACUGAAAUAUUUAUCAUCUAGAUCAUCAAUUGAUGAGACUGGAUCUGUAUGAUCAUCAGUUGUUUCCCCCAUUGCUGUACUCAAAGGCCCAUUAUAAAAUUUGAAUUUAUUUUUGCUAAGAUGAUCGUUGAACAAUGACAGUUGAAAUAACCUGUUUAAAGGCAAAUUAGCAAAAUUCAAAAGGCAUUUAUCACUCGAUACAUAAAUCUUAAAUCAUUGGAGUUAUCGGUGUGGAUAGUACUUACAAAUGACUGGUACCAAUUUAAACUGUCUUGUAGCAAUAAUUUAGUUUACCCAUGAAUGUCAUAUUGACACACAGGCAAGAAGUUCCCAGGUUCAGAUCUUGUUGUGAGUAACCCAUUUCCAUCAGGCUGUCAGUAAAGCUGCUGCUGGUACCUAUAUUAUCCCUGAGGUGAGAGGAGGAAUAACAUUCAUUGUCCCUGUUUUCAAUAGCUUUUCAGUUACCCUUCUCAGAAAUGGAAUAAAUGCAAUGUCUGGUAAAGACAGUAGUACUUCAGAUUUGAAUAGUUUCUUCCGACAUUCUACCUCCACUUGAAGAAUGGCCACUUGAUGAGGAACUGAGGAGACCUGUCUCACAACAUGAGUCACUGCCAUCAAGAGAAAGAGAAAAUUGCUAACCGAAAUAAACUGUUUUUUGUUGAAAUGAAAUUGUUCUUCAAAUAUUGUGAAUUACAAUAUGUGUGCACCUUGUAUUCAGAGGUUUGUCAGUGAGUUUCUACAUGAAAUACGUACGUAAUUGUUUACAUUGUAAAUACUAUCAAAAUGAAUGACCCUCUUUAGAUGUUGAUUAAUGAAUGGAAAUAGAUAUAUUAAUGAAUUUUUAAGCCCUUAACUCGCAAAGCAGUGUUUCAUAAAUUGGUACAAGCAGCAAGUUGCAUUUUAGUUGCUUAUUGAACAAAAUAUUCAUAUAUUAAUAACUAAGCUAGCAUGUUUCUCUUGGUGGCAAUGUACAGAUAGUAAAGAUUUAUUUGCUUUUAAACCAAUGUGUCGAUGAAUCAAGUGGAAACCAGUACCGUGAAGCUACUUUCAAGGAAAAAGGUGAACUAAACUUUUUGAACAUCUGCAUUCAUAACUAGUUGAUGAAUAUCAGGAUGGUUCUUUAAAAUUCUUAAAAUGUGGGAAAAUUGCUGGGAAAAUCAUAAUUUAUUGCCAAUUACUACUUGUUAUUAAGAAGGCAAUACUGCAGUUGGUGUGAUGCAAUUGCUGCCACAAUAUGGAGGGCAUUUUUGAUCCAGCAACAGUGAAGGAAUGGGAAUAUCUAAACUUAUAUAAAUAAAACUUGGGAGUUGAUAGUCCUGUGCACCUGAAGACUUUGACUUUCUAAUUGGAGGUCAUCAGCUUUGGGAGAAAGGCAAAGAUAUCUUGGCAGUUUCCUACAGUGCAUUGCAUAGAUAGAAGAUAAUGCUGGAAUUGAAGGUUGGUGCACAUUUGAUAUAGGAGAUGAAUUGCUGACCAUGUGGAAUUUGAUGUAUGGUGUUAAGAUCAUCAACUGUUGCAGCUAUGUGUACGUAGGCAAUUGGACAGUGAAUUGUAUCAUUUAGCCCCAAGACGGGUUUGGGAAGUUAGGAGGUAAAUCAUUCUUUGUAGAAUACCCAGUCUCUGAUUUAUUUAAGAUGUUUAUAUAGUUUGUCCAGUUGAGUUUUUGGUUAAGAAUGAUUCCCAUGAUGUUGAGAGUGAAGAACUUGACUGUAUUAACGGCAUUCAGUGUCAUGAUAUAGUGAGGCUCACUACCUCAUUGAAAUUGUCAUUGGUACUUUUGUGACACAAAUUUUACUUGCCUCUUAUCAGCCUUAGUCUGAAUGGUUUGUUGUCAUAGGCUUUCUUAUUGACAUUCAAAGAGGAUGUAAGGCAGGAAUUAAGCAGCUAUUUAUGUGCACAAUUUUCAUUUUGGUCAUUAGUACUGAUAGUUUUGUGAAAUAAAGGAGUACACUCGCUUCGGAAUUAUUUUAAAAUUAUUUAACUUUCAUUGCUGUUGCAAAUGAUUGGGGGAAAAGGGUGUUACACAUGAUAACACACUCCUUGGUCAGAAGGUUAAACGUUUACAGUUACACAAGCAGAUUGUGUUUUGAUAAAUAAAAUUCAAUAAAUGAAUGUCUGGUUGUAAGCUUGCUCGCUGAGCUGGUAGAUUUGUUCUCAUCUGUUUCGUCAGCAUGUUUCGCCAAUGAAGCCUUCAUCGGCGGUUCACUGAUGUGACAUAGCAUGGUGAUGAAACUUCGGAGAACACAUCCACCAGCUCAGUGAGCAAACGUACAACCUGAUCCAUAACCUGAGCUACAAAUCUUCUCUAAAAUCACAAAUGAAUGUCUACUUUUCAAGAUGUACAGUUUGUAUAUUACAUAAUAGCAUUGCAGGACUUUUGCUAACAUGUAAAGUUUGUAACUACAAUUGUGUAUAUACAUUGAAAAAGUGUGCAGUGUUCUCCAGGUAAUUUGGAAUGCAACAUUCUUUUCUAAAAAUCAGGAUUGAAUUUAGAAAUUACUUCAUGUACUGUCAAUUUAAGAAGUGUGAAGAAUGGGAAAAUAUAAAAGCACAUGUAGAAUCUGGGACUAGUGUGCCUGAUAACUAGUACCAAAUGAAGAUUCUGAUAGUUUUGUUUAGGUCAGGUUUUAUUCCCUUGGUUUUCUAUGAAGUUUCAACUGUAUUUUGGGCCGAAUUGGAGAAUUUUAUUCAGUGAAAACAGCUAUUUAUGAAUCCAUCUCAAAAUUUGUCAGCUUUUAAAAAAAAUGUUAAGUGGAAGAUAACUAGGUUUCACAGGAUAACACAAGCCAUAUUAAAAAUGUUGGAAGUUAAAUGAACAAGCUGGUUACUUUAUUUAUAGUUUAUUGCAAAAGUGUUGCAAGAUCUGAAAUUCUUUUGUAAUUUUUAUAGUUAAAAAGUCAGAUUUUUCACGUUUCCUGUUCAAUAAGUGCAUAUUAUCUGUAUAUGAGAGCUCUGCAGAGUUUACUCAGAAAUGCAUAUUGUUUGGAAGAAUGGGUUUUUUCCUGCUGCUAAUAGACACAAACUAAUACUAUGCGACAUUUUUAAACAAUAUAAUAAAAUAUGAAACAACC